GUCCUACAUCUACCAGAAGCGCUGGGUGAAGCUGGACGCCGACUACUUGCGCUAUUUUGACAGCGAGAAGGACGCCUAUUCCAAGCGCUUCAUCCCCGUCUCCUCCAUCUCCCGCGUCGCCAGCGUCGGGGACCAGAAGUUCGAGGUCGUCACCCACAACCGCAACUUCGUGUUCCGGGCUGAGAGCGACGCCGACCGCAACGACUGGAUCCGGACGCUGCAGCAGGUCGCGGAGGAGCGGAAGAGCAAGGCCCCGGAGAGGACAUCCAUGGUCCUGUCUGCCAACGGCGCCACGGACUUGGUGGACAAGUGUGGCUUCCUGGAGCUGCGGGGCUUCAAGAACAAGCUCUUUGUGGCCGUGGCGGGGGACAAGGUCUUCCUGUACAAGAAGGUUGCCAUGGUGCAGCGGGAUCUCCUUCAAGACUACCGUUUGGGCAUCGGCAUCACCUCCAUCGAGAUGAACGUGGGCAACGUGAAGGAGACGGAGCGCCGCGGCUUCGACCUCACGACGCCCUACCGCAUCUUCAG